GACCGAAACGAACCUCAUAGACGACAUAGAGACGAUGCACAGACGAAAGCGAGAAGCCGACGUGGAGUUCCGUGCGUGCUCACGCUUCCAAAUUGAGAUACUGCUCAUUCCAAUGUCGAUAGCGAUGAUCCCCAUCAUACUGUGCUCACUGAUUUUGUGCACUUGCUGUUGUGGACCAAAAGACUCUAGAGGAAAGCUACCGGACGAUUUUCUCUCUUCUUUCCCGAUGUCAAAGAAGCGGAGGCAAAUGAACUCAGAAGACAUGGAACUGGAAUUUCGUGACGGCUAUGUGCAGCGGAAAGACUCAGCAAAGACCAAAUUUUCGACAGUCGUAUCGUAUAUCGAAGCGAGAAGAGAAAGCCUU